UCAAGAUGGCGCCGUAUCCGGAAGAGUUGGACGUUUUCACAGUUCCUCACUCUCGUAUGAAGGAACUUAUCCAUAAAUAUUGUGAUAUGCUAUCGCACACCAACUUUUCCAGUGGACACGAGUUCGGCAACCUUCUACAGAACCUUCACAACACAUUCUCCGAGUUCAAAAAUCAUGAGGCGAUUGAGAACCGUUACAUCAUGACGCAACUACGGAACAAACUUGAUGCACUGUCGAUACAGAAUACGGCCGUCUGCAACUGUCAUAAGGAUAACCGAUUGACAGAGAUGAUGAAUAUGUUCCGUGAUGGCUACUACUGGAUGGACGACAAGACAAUGAGGGAGAGGUUGAAUUAUGGCAUCCAGUUGAAGGAGGCGCUCGAAGACUUCACCAAGGAUUUUGUUCCACAUAUGAAAGAGGAGGAAGAAGUGUUCCAGCCGCUUCUGAUGAAGUAUUUUUCUUACGAAGAACUUCAGAAUCUGCGAGAGAAGGUCAUCAACGAACACACACGUAAACAGAAUGAGAAGAAAUAUGUUUGGGAUGAAAAGGAAGAGGUUGAUGAAGACUAUGAAUCAGAAAAGUCCAGUGAAAAAGAAGAAGUGCAGGAGAAGACAUCAGUUCUCGAUCUCCCACCAGAAAUUACUAUGAACAUCUUCUCCCACUUGAGCCCGAAGGAUCUUUGCCGGUGUGCCCAAGUCUGUUCCGCCUGGUCUGAGGUUGCAAUGGAUGGAAAGCUGUGGCAAGAAGUGUCGCCUGUCAGAUGGGCACAAGGUGACUGGCGUUUCCAUGUUGAAGAUGAAGAAGAUGAUGAUGAUGAUGAUUCCAACGCUGCAUUUGACGAGGAUGAAGAGACUCGUUACGUCUGCUUGGACGAGGAUCGCGACAUUGAUGAGUCUGAGAGUAGCGAUGAAUAUAGUGAGAGUGAAAAUGGGAAUAUAUACUUGUUGAAGAGAGAGUCAAAGAUGCUUCAUUCCUUGGCCCGGUACAUCUUACCCAGGGUGGGCUGGGGUGUGGAGAAACUCAAUCUGGCCAACUCUAAGGCUCUUACUAACGCUCUACUCUACAAGAUGCUGUCUCAUUGCCCGAACAUAGAACAUCUCCUCCUGACGCAGACAACCAUCUCUGACAGCGCAUUCAAAGGCCUCUUCAAGCAUGCGACAUGUACCAACCUGAAGACCCUCGUCCUCUCAGGUUGUGCCAACAUCACCGACGUCACCCUCAUCAGAUUCGCAAACGCCACAACAAGAAAUAUCGAAUCCGAAAACAUGUUGCUGGAUGAGGACAACACAGGGUCGGAGGAUACUGGCAAAAAUGAUGAAGUGGUCCAAGAUGGUCACAAAGAAUUCUGGACGUUUCCUGAAGUUGAUGAUGAUGCGCUUGGUUCAGGGUCUGAAGAUUCUGGUGUCGUGUUUGAAGUCGGGACGGAGAUUGAGGAUGUUGCAAGUCACGAAGAUGCCAACUGUUGUAGAUUUGGUUGUGGAUGCCGUGUUGGUUUGAGUCUUGGGACUAGACUGAAAUUUGAUAAAACUGUUGGUGUUGAUAUGGCUGAGUCAGGUGGUGUUGUCGAUAUUGGUACAGAAAUAUUGAGAGAAAUCAGCCAAGUUCCUCUAUUGUGUGAUUCGGGUGUUAAUCCUGGUGGAACCCGCGAGUAUCCUGAAUUCCCCGUUAAGAGACCGUUCAUUCCUGAUGCUGAAUCCAAGCCCCCUGAUUGGCCGUUGCUCGAUUUGGAAGAGUGCGCUUCAACGUUCGUGAGGCAGAAAGAUGGCGGAUUACGACGCACCAGCAACUGUAAUGACCCGCGUUGUUUCAAGUUUGAGGGAAUGGUCGGCACCACUGAAGAUGAGAAAUGGAUCAAGAUUACAAUGGAGGAUGCGUAUGUUGAAAACGCCCCACAAAACGUCGCAGGAGAUCGCGACAAGGGCAAUCUGACGUUUGAGAUACCGGAUGCCAUAUUUGUACAUAAUCACUAUGAAAUACCGAACGGGAAUGGUGUUGAUGAGUACGGGAGCAGUCCUGGUGCUAUGGCAGCUCCAGGUGCUGAUGUGUUAGGUGGGCCUGGUGCUAUGGCAGCUCCAGGUGCUGAUGUGCUAGGUGGGCCUGGUGCUAUGGCAGCUCCAGGUGCUGAUGUGUUGGGUGGGCCUGGUGCUAUGGCAGCUCCAGGUGCUGAUGUGCUAGGUGGGCCUGGUACUAUGGCAGCUCCAGGUGCUGAUGUGUUAGGUGGACCUGGUGCUAUGGCAGCUCCAGGUACUGAUGUGUUAGGUGGGCAGCCACCGGAUAACUGUGAUGAUAUGCGAGGUGCUAGCAAUAAAGACAGUUCAAGAGGAAAGGUUGUGAUUUGCCCAAAAGAUGGCGCUGCGUGUGAUGUAGUGAAUUCGGAGGAUGCUGUGUUUGUUGAGGCUAAAAAUCCUGGUGAUUUUCCGCUGUCCGUUUCUGUGGCGACUGAUGGAAUCUGCUGCAAAGUUCUUGAAGAGCUGCAAGCCCCGCAGUACGCUGCCAAACGCCGCACAGCACCAGCUGGUGGCCAUGUUGAUAUACAGGAAAGUGUGGCAGCACAGCUGCAUGAACCGGGGACACAACGAGAUCCUCAUGGUCACAAUAACGCUUAUCCGAACGAUGUCCAGAAUCAUGUCACAACUGGACCUCGUUUGCUGAAACCAGCAAGACUAUUCUCUGAUGAGAAGCUAAAAAGGACGUUUGAACAAGAUCCAAUAAAUACGGAUCUCAGUUUUGGUUUUGAAAUCUUGAUGGCAAGGACCCCGAGGAUGUUGGAACAUCUCAAUCUAUCUGGCUGCUUUAGGAUUACUGAUGUUGGGCUAAGGUCACUUGGAGAAGAUAGCGGUCUCCCUAAUCUCCGCUACCUGGACCUCAGUGGCUGCUCCAACGUCAGUGCUGCAGGCCUGACUGACUUGAUCCAGCAAUGUCCACUCCUUGAACAUGACAAGUUCUACUAUUGCGACAACAUCACUGACGGACCGUUGGCUUCCUUGGCUAACGGAUGCCAGAACUUGGCCUGUGCCAAGAGGGUCUGUUGCCGCUCGGGAUUCUACUUGAAUAAUUAAUAAGGUGUACCAUGUAUAAAGUCACAGCAAGAUGUAUCCUUUGACGUUAGACAGUUGAAGUGUUCUCACAUGAGUGUGUCAGGGAUGUCCGCCCCAGUGUAAUCAGCAGCUCUACCACUUAUACUGAAGAUGGGGCCUGAAAGCCUCUGUGCAAGACAACAUAAUCAACACUUUGAUAGCAAUUCAAAAUCAUUUCAAGGAAUUGAUGCCUUGAUAGGAGGUGUUGGUUGUCACUGCUGAGUGUGGAGCUAAGUUGUAGGCUUGGACCAAAGCUCCUAACUGAUAUUCUAGGAAACCCAAAUGCCGGCUCCACCCAAGGCAUGUUCAGUGGGGCAACCAAUACCGACAGUGAGGGAGCCACUUCUCAUCUAAAACACCUUGGAUGAAACAUUGAAAUGAGAUUUCGGCUGCUUUUUGACCGCUUCCAUAUUUUGUACCAACCCAGGUGGUUAUGGCUGCUGAUUUCUUGGGCUCCGCCAUUCCUGACUCCAUUCGUAAUUAGCCUGAAGUGCCAGCUGCUAGUGUGUCCAUGAGAUGUCCAGACUCGACUAUGGAUUGGUUCCCUAGGACUGGUAUGCAGCUAGCUCAGUUGUAACUCAGAUAGGAAUUAGUAAUAAGUGUUCUGGCCAAACAUGAGGCACAAAAGACUUGGAAGAUUUUGAAUAGGAAACAUUUGUUAUUUCUGUUGAAAGAACUGCUGUGGUUUUUAAGUACUAAAAUUGAUUUUGCAAGUCUUGAUUUUCAUUGUUAAAGAUGAAUAUUCUAUUAUUUUCUGACUCUUUAUUAUCUCUGCUUGGAUCUUUUGCUUGUAUAUUAAUGAGUCUUUUAUAACCCCUUCCCCCCCCCCAAGGAUGACCCUGGGUGAAGUGAGGCCAAGAGAAUCUCUGGCCAACUGUGGGAACUGGGGACCUAUUGACUGAUAGUCUAACACCCGAGACACGACACCACUGCAACUACUUAAGUAUUCUGACAUAAGUAGGCCCUUUUUAACUCAAUGGAAAAGCAUGCUAACCGUAUCAGGACUCAACAGCAUAAGUUAUGGCUGUUAGUAUAGUAAUCAUUGCUCUGUGGUUGGACCGGCAACGAAUAUUAUUAAAGAGUGGAACAAAUGUAUGUAUUAUGUGAAGAGCUGUGGUAUGUACAACAAGCAGUCAAGUGCUGUCCACAGUUACACACUGUUAACAUCACCCUACCUACUAAACAUUUGCGUAACUAAUUGUGUCCGACCACGCAUGUAUAUGUUGUAAAAAAGUCAACAAGAUAUCGUGUAUUUAGUAAAUAUACAAGCAUAUAGCGCAAAUUGUCAAGGCUUGUUAUGAAAGAUUGCCUCGAGGCUCACGUACUUUGCCGGCUUUGAUUAACCAAUCUGGAAGAACUUAUUGGAUGACAAUCUUAUAUAUAACCACAGAAAGCUGUCAUGGAUGUCCCUUAUUCUACAAAGAAGAAAUAAUGUCAAAGUUUCUAAAAUGUCUUUUUUGUGUGUUCUCCACAUUAUAGAAUAUUUGAACCAUAUUUGCGUUUGAAUCGACUCCUAAAACGCCCAAAAGACGUUUCAGUUGUGUGCUUAAUAAACCUGU